GAGAGGGACCUCUGCUCCGGGGCUGAGAUCGCGUGGGCCAGCAAGCCGCGAGAGCCUCCGGGGCCACCCUCCGUGGGCUGCUUUCCCACCCCCGCAUCUCCCUCCAGCGCGCUUCGAGGCCCCAGGCUUCUGCGCUGAGCCGCCCGGGUCACUCAGGGACGCGGGUCUUUCGCGGGCUCCGGGCAGGGCAGCAGCGGUGGCGGGCUGGCGCUCGGAAGGAGUGCGCGGCGCUGGCGGGGGAAGAUGCUGCAGUCGCUAGCGGGCAGCUCGUGUGUGGAGAGGCACCGCUCCGCCUGGUGCUUCGGCUUGCUGGUGCUGGGUUACCUGCUCUACCUGGUCUUCGGCGCCGUGGUCUUCUCGUCGGUCGAGCUGCCCUACGAAGACCUCCUGCGCCAGGAGCUGCGCAAACUGAAGCAGCGCUUCGUGGAGGAGCACGAGUGCCUCUCGGAGGAGCAGCUCGAGAGCUUCUUGGCGCGCGUCCUGCAGGCCAGCAACUACGGCGUCUCGGCGCUGAGCAACGCUUCGGGCAGCUGGAACUGGGACUUCACCUCGGCGCUUUUCUUCGCCAGCACGGUGCUCUCCACCACAGGUUAUGGUCACACUGUGCCUUUGUCAGAUGGAGGAAAGGCCUUUUGCAUCAUCUAUUCAGUUAUUGGGAUUCCCUUCACCCUGCUCUUCCUGACAGCAGUGGUGCAGCGCAUCAUAGUUUAUGUCACCAGGCGGCCUGUACUGUAUUUCCACAUCCACUGGGGCUUUUCGAAGCAAAUUGUGGCCAUCAUCCACGCCGUGAUUUUGGGCUUUGUGACCGUCUCAUGCUUUUUCUUUAUCCCAGCAAUAAUAUUUUCUGUCCUGGAAGAUGAUUGGAACUUUCUAGAAUCAUUUUAUUUUUGCUUCAUUUCUCUCAGCACCAUCGGCCUUGGCGACUAUGUUCCAGGGGAAGGUUAUAACCAAAAAUUCAGAGAGCUAUAUAAAAUAGGAAUUACAUGUUACUUGUUGCUGGGCCUCAUCGCAAUGCUGGUUGUUCUAGAAACUUUCUGCGAACUUCAUGAACUCAAAAAAUUUAGGAAAAUAUUCUACGUGAAGAAAAACAAGGAAGAAGACCAAGUACACAUUACAGAACAUGAUCAACUAUCUUUCUCUUCAAUUUCAGACCAGGCAGCAUCCAUGAAGGAAGAUCAGAAAGUAGAGGAGCCUUUUGUGACUCCUCAACCUGCAGUUAACUGUGAUGAUUUUAUAAACAAUUAACCAAGGGCUUCCAUUCCAGUAUCAACAGUGCACUUAACAUUCUUGCAGUUAGAACUAGUACUAUUAAUGUAACUAUAGAAGCAGGAAUGCAGUGCUAAACUAUUCAUAUAUUCAUAAUGCUUUGGGAUCUUUUACAAUUUAUGGGCCAAAUAUAUUUUGUUGCUGGCUCUACAUACUGGGAAUAUUGAUUGAAACUAGUGUGCAGUUGAGAAUCUCAGGAUUCAUGAUCUAUACACAGUAUAUAAGAUAAAGAUAAUCCCUGUUCAGUCUCCUCUCCUUUUCAACUCUAAAAUCAAUGAAAUACUUAGCUUUUCCCCAAAGAUCAGACCUUCUUAUGCCAAUUUUAUGUGUGGCAACCAAUCUUUGGAAAGCACCGAGUUAGUAAAUCUUCAUGCUUUCCACAUACAGAAUAUAGUAGCCACAGCAGUCCUUAGAAAAUAGGAAUAAUCUUCCAGAUGGCAGUCACUGAAGUGUGUAGCAGUAUAAUUAUCACUACAGAACCAAAAAGAGAACCAAGUGUAUGCUAUCUGUUAUGUGUCAUCUCAGUCACUCAAAGCUCUGAAAACAUUUAGGUUUAUCUCAGUAUGAAUAAGGCAAAGAAACAGACAUUCUGAAACAUCUGCCCUCAGUCUAAUGUCCUACUCUGACUGAUCACCUUUAUCCUGUAGAGCCUGAAGAGGGGAGUUUGGGCCAAGGUGCUUUAUGUGCGGGAGAAAGUUGUUUAGAGUUAUAUUUUCUGCGCACUAAGCCUACAUCAAGUAAUUUUACCCUAAAAAGUAUUCUAGAUCCGUGAUGGCGCUACCUAUGGUACAUGUGCCACAGGAGCCAUAUCUACCGGCAUGCGAAGUGUCAGCUCCGGCGUGCAUGCAUGCUCCGCCUAGCUGAUUGUUGGUCUUCCGGAAGGCUGGGGGAGGCCAUUUUUGCCCUCCCCAGGCUUCAGGAAAGCAUCCAGAGCCUGGGGAGGGGCAUAAACAGCCUCCCCUCUGGAGAAAAUACCAAGCUCAGCUUGGAGGCAUGGGCAGGAUUGUGUGCACAUGCCUGUGUGCACCCUUGCAUUUUUGGCACCCAACAACAAAAAGGUUAGCCAUCACUUUUCUAGAUGAAGACUUUGCUAAGCCUGAAUGUGAUCUCUGAGUGUUUUCCUUCUAGCCUUAAAUAUAACAUAAGGGUGUUAUGCAACAGAUUUGAGUGGGUUGUAGGAACAGGGACCCAUGAACACCAGCAUACAGAACUGAAGGCAUAUUACAGUGGAAAGCCAUCUUCCUUAGCAUUUUCAUCUUCACGUUGGGCUCCAGUUUUAGCAGGCUGGUUGUGAUUUUCAAACUAUUCAUAGCCAAGCAAUUUUAGAGCUAAGAUCUUAUUUAUUCAGUGAAAUAAUAAUCAAGCUGAAUACUGAAGUAAUGAUGAAAAAAAAUACUUGAAAGCUCUUAUCACCUAAAAGCACUGUACAUGAAUUUAAUAUUUAUUAAUAGAUUUUGUAUCUUUACUAGGAAAUUUGACUUUCUUGAUAAAUCUGCUUCAAAAUCUAUGUGAACUGGAAUUUAUUUUUAAGAAACCACAACUCAGAGAUGCUUCUUUAAUUUGAUUUGAAGCUUAGUGUAGUGCAUGCUCACCAAAGCCGAUAUUUUUGUACCAUUUAUGUUAGUUUUGAUUGUAUAGUUCAACUGUUACUUAUGUACAUAAUGAUAUUUAUAUAUUGUGCAUAUCAUGUAGAUUGCUAGAAAUGAAGUGUCCGAUUUCAAAUUUUAAAGAUUCUUUUCCUCAUAUAUUUUUUUAUGAAUCAUUCAAACUAUGGCACUGAAAAUAAUGACUUAAAUUCUGACCAAAUGAAUGUGGAAGGGUAAGUCAUUAUGCCUGCAAUGUUAACAUUCCUGUUUUGUUUUCUUUUGUUUUGUUUUAGUAUGACAGUCUACUCUUAUGGGUGGCAGUAUUUCCAUGUAGCUUGAAUGCUGCAACAUCUUUCACACUGUACUGUACUGUACUACAGAAUUCAGAUUUUAUUGACAGUUGUUGCCUGGAGACAGGUGAUGUUGCAUAAUUGCACAAGGUUGUUUUGUUUUAUUUGUUAAGCCAGAGAACAUAAUAAAGCCUAGUUAGAAGAGAAAUACUGUAGAAAAAAUUGUAGAGAUAAGGAAUUAUUAU